CCCCCCGCCCGCUCGCUGGCUGGAGCCGGGGUCAGCUUUGGCACCUUCUUCCAGUCAGUGGCCAACUCCUGGCUCAGGGAGGAUUGUGCUAGUGCCCUCGGUUCCCCUCUACUCUCCCUCCCGCUAUCGGAACGAGCCCCGCGCCUGGCAGGCUGAGGAGGAGCAAAGAAAGCAGGUUUAAAGAGAAAAAAGACCUGGCCGGGUCUGGGUGGUGUCUGCGGUGCCAGAAAGAGAGGCGGCGGCGGCGGCAGCUGCGACCACGGCCGCGCGGGACGUGAGGCCCGAGAGCAGCCGACGGCAGCCGCGGCAGCUCCAGCGCCCUGCACCGGGGCUGUUAGUCAGCAGAACGCGAGCUCGUGUGGAGGAACAGGGCCGGCGGGAGGCGAAACCCGGGAACGCGAGCCGGGCCCAUCGGGCGCCACCGUCUUUCUUCGUCCCGGCAUCGGGGGCUGCAGCCUUGGUCCCCACUCCUCUACCGGGCCCGUCUGCAGGCGGAGAGAGUCCGACAGCGUCCGGAGCGCGGGUCUUGCCUUGUGGAGGACAGCGCGUCGGCUGCGGUUCUCUGCCAACUCCUGCCCGGCGCCUCGGCCCGGGCCGCUCAGGUGCAGAGCAUGAAUAAUCUUUCAUUUAGUGAGCUAUGUUGCCUCUUCUGCUGUCCUCCUUGUCCAGGGAAAAUUGCUUCAAAAUUAGCGUUUUUGCCACCUGAUCCAACUUAUACGCUGAUGUGUGAUGAAAGUGGAAGCCGUUGGACUUUACAUCUAUCUGAACGAGCAGACUGGCAGUAUUCUUCGAGAGAGAAAGAUGCUAUUGAGUGUUUCAUGACUAGAACCAGUAAAGGCAACAGAAUUGCCUGUAUGUUCGUACGUUGCUCACCCAAUGCGAAAUACACUUUACUCUUCUCACAUGGAAAUGCUGUUGAUCUUGGUCAAAUGAGCAGCUUUUACAUAGGUCUAGGAUCACGGAUUAAUUGUAAUAUAUUCUCAUAUGAUUAUUCUGGAUAUGGUGCAAGUUCUGGGAAACCCACAGAGAAGAACCUCUAUGCAGACAUUGAAGCUGCUUGGCUUGCUCUUAGGACAAGAUAUGGCAUUCGCCCUGAAAAUGUGAUUAUAUAUGGCCAAAGUAUAGGUACAGUACCAUCUGUGGAUCUUGCUGCUCGAUAUGAGAGUGCUGCUGUUAUUCUUCAUUCUCCUCUGACCUCGGGAAUGCGAGUUGCCUUUCCUGAUACUAAGAAGACCUACUGUUUUGAUGCAUUCCCAAACAUUGACAAAAUCUCUAAGAUAACCUCUCCAGUAUUAAUAAUUCAUGGGACUGAAGAUGAAGUCAUUGACUUUUCACAUGGCCUGGCAUUGUUUGAACGUUGCCAAAGACCUGUGGAGCCUCUCUGGGUUGAAGGAGCAGGUCACAAUGAUGUGGAACUUUAUGGACAGUAUCUUGAAAGGUUGAAACAGUUUGUUUCACAGGAACUGGUAAAUUUGUAAAAUAUUCUGUAAAUUUGCUACUGGGCUUUCCUUUCUUGCUGAACUGCACUCUUUGGUAAAUAACAUAAAACCUGAAGGUUUUGUUCGCAAAUCAUGUCAGUUGCCUUCAUAAAUGUACAGGUAAUGAUUUGUUAACAGACUUAAUGAAGGUUUUAAUUACCAGAACUAAAAACUGGAAAUAACAGUAUCAUGCAGUCAGGCUGUGCAAUUUAUAUUUUUUCUGUGAAUUUUUUUUUAACAUCAAGAUGAGUACUGUAUGAGAUUUUAAUUAAUUCUAUAAGAUCAAAUGCUGUAAAAGUAUUGCCAAAUGCUUUUGCAUACUAGGAACAAAUUUAUAAAUAUUUUUAAAAUAUCUCAAUGUACUAAAUCUUAUCCUGGUGUACAACUGUAAUAUUCUUUUGAAAAAAGCUGUGUAUCUAAAGCAAUGUAAGUACUCAGAAUGAACUGUAAAAGAGAUUUAAAAACAUGCAAGUUCACUAGAAUUAACCUAAACCCUGUUGUACAGGGAUAGAGGUUUAAAGUUAUUUUAUUGUACAAUACAUUGAAUUUUCUGUAUACUCUGAUUACAUACAUUUAUCCUUUAAAAAUGAUGUAAAUUUUAAUUUUUAUGCCAUCUGUUAAUUUACCAAUGAGUUACCUUGUAAAUGAGAAGUCAUGAUAGCACUGAAUUUUAACUAGUUUUGACUUCUGAGUUUGGUACUGUGAGGCAACUACUUAAAAUUUUCAUGCUGGUUAUUUAAAAGGCAUUUAGAGAUUUCAAGAAUGAUUUUGUAUGCAAUGUUUUAAGUUUUGACUGAUCUCAUAGAAUUGCAGUAGUCUUCAUUUUAUGAAAUCCUGAAAGUCCAUUAGUUGUUCUUAUAGACCACAAACAGACUGGCUAUCUGAUCCCUUUUCACUAGCCAUUUUUUUUUUUUUUUUGGCAGAGUCUUGCUUUGUCACCGAGGUUGGAGUGCAGGGGACUGAUCUCAGCUCACUGCAGCCUCCAUCUCCUAGGUUCAAGCAAUUCUCCUACUUUAGCCUCCUGAGUAGCUGGGGUUACAAAUGCCCGCCACCACGCCUGGACAAUUUUUGUAUUUUUAGUAGGGAUGGGGUUUCAACAUGUUGUUCAGGCUGGUCUUAAACUCCUGACCUCAUGAUCUGCCCGCCUUGACCUCCCAAAGUGCUGGAAUUACAGGCGUGAGCCACCGUGGUUGGCCCACUUUGGCUGUUUUUAAAAAUAGGACCUAUUGUUUUGGAUUACUAUCUGAAAAUUUCACGGAUUCACUCCUGUCUACAGGAGAUAAGAAUACAUUUAAUUCAUAACUUUUAUAUUAACCAAUAUAGUAAAAAAAUAAAGCUCACACACACAAAAACUAAGUUGCCUUUCCUUGGAUGAAGGCUGCCUGAAUAAAACAAUGAAAGAAAGAUACAAAUAAAAUUAAUGGUAUGUAGUCUUAAUUUGUAAAUGAAUGAAUAGGGAAGUAAUACACACUGUGGAUAUAUUUUAAGGCCUUAUGUAGUUUUAAUUGUUCUGCUUGUUCUGUGGUUAUGUCUAAGACUAUAGUAUAUGAUUCUCUUCAGAGUAUAUCAAAUAUUGUGAAUGCUUUGGUUCAGAUGUGUCAAAUUAACAGUAAAACAACAAAUAUACCAC